AUGGACAGAUCCCUUUGCCUCCUGCUGUUCCAGCUUGUAUUGUGUAUUCAUUGUUAUAUCCUGCAUCCCAACAACAGAGACAUGAACUUACAAGCCUCGGAUGGAAACGCCAUUCAAAGCCAAGACUUGUCCAUGAAUGAAGGAGACUUUGGUAGAGGAAUGUCUGACAACAGGAUGGAAAGACAUGUGGAUGCAAUAUUUACCAACACCUACAGAAAGUUCCUGGGACAGAUUUCAGCAAGGAGGUACCUGCAGAACAUGAUGGGGAAGAGACUAGGUAUUACUCCAAACUGGAAUGAAGAAGAGCCUUUAAAUCCUUCGUUGUAACCAUGUGCCCAGAAUAGAGAUGGGCGAGCAGUGUC